CUUCUGGCGUAUAUAAACUCGUCCCCGCGCCAGUUGUGAAGUGUGGACUCGAGUGAUCAACCUGAGCGAGCACGAUGAUGCGCCUACUCCUCGCACUUGCUGCCAUUGCGGCCAGCCCUGCUAUCGGCGGUUUGCUUGAUGCGGGUACCGUAGGAAACAAGUUCAUGGUCACGUACAGCAUCAUCCCCGACCCCUUCCACCAGUUCAGCUUCUACUCCAUGCCCCGCACCGUCAGCGAGGCCAAGAAGGACUCGUUCUCCCAGGUCACUAGCAACGACGAGGACAAGACGACCGUGUGGUGCCGCAAGAACGACUACCGUGUGUGCGUGCUCUUCGACCAGCAGGGCAGCGUCGCGGGAAUCCAAGUGUCGAUAAGGGAGGCUGAGCUGACCUCGAAGGACUCUGCUAGCUUUGGUGGUCUGAGCACGCUGCUCACACCCGAGUGGCGCCGCCAGCUCUUCCUCGGCAAGGAUGUGUGGACCGCUACGGCCUACUUCGUGUCGAAAGAGGUGCUGCUGAGCGGAGGCCGAAAGAUGGACAAAAACACCCCAACUGCACCCGAGGGUAUCUUCGUCCAGCAGGUGGACAUUGACAACAAGGAAACGGGCCGCCUCGCGGUAUCCAGCACUGAAGCCGAAGCCACUGCUGCCGGUUUCACCGAACAGGCUUGCUUCUACGGCAUGGGAAAACACUAUUUCCAAGAGUUGUCAAAGACAUCUAAAUGCGAAAACCACCGCCCAUACUUCCUGCUGUAUGGACCCAAGACCAAGAAGAUGAACGGUUUUGGUUUCACCUGGUACGGCAAACCUAGCCAGGGCCGCGGCUGGUUUGAGGCUCCCCCAGCGCUCGUUGCAAAGCAAAUUGCACCAAACUCUCCUGACUGCAUGAGCAAGUGGAUCAACAAGUACGGCAUGUUUACUCUUCACGUGUUCUUCGUCGACCGCCCAUGGUACACCAUGUGCUAAGUGGCACAAUAACGCUAACAAAUGUGUUUUUUUGAAUAGAAAAGAAUUACAGUGUUGCGUUGUUACAAAA